AUGGCUCUAGGCUCCACUGACAAGUCGCAGUCCAUUUCCCUGUCACAUGAAGAGCGUCGCGAAGGCAAGUACAGCCCCGAGACCUUGGCUAAGGUCCUCGGUGCUCUACAUCAAGACGGCCUCGUCGUUCUCAAGGACGUGAUACCAGUUGAGACUAUUGACCAGUUCAACACAUGGAUGUGUGCUGAUGCCGAGCGCCGCAUCAGUGACCCGAAGCAGACCUACAACUUCGGCAUCAAGUCAAAUAUCCUCCAGCGACCACCAGUAACGCAGCCGGAGCUGCUGAGCAAGGACGUGUACUUCAACCCGUUCGUUCUGCAGACGGCCAAUGCCUACCUCGGCCACCCACCAGUCUGGAACUGGCUGACAGCCAAUACCGCCCUCGCCAACACCACAACCGCUCGCCAACCCCCGCACAAAGACCUCGUCCACGACCACCCACUGUACCCGCACUACUUCAUCGCCAAUAUUCCCCUCUGCGACUUCACCAUCCACAACGGCGCCACAGAGUUCUGGCUCGGCUCGCACGCCCACACGACGCAGGCGGACCAGGUCGUUGCACAGACACAGGAAGACAUUGCGCCGUACCAGGAGGCGAGUGAGAUCGGGAGUGUGAUUCCGCCGAUCACGGCUGAGGCUGUGGGUGAGAGGCGAAGGGUGAGGCCGCCGGUUCAGCCAGAGUGUAGCAGAGGGGAUGUGGUGAUCAGGGAUCUGAGGCUGUGGCAUGCGGGGAUGCCGAAUCAUAGUGAUAAGCAUCGGGUUAUGCUGGCUUUGGGAUACAUGAGCCCACACUACCCAAACUCCUUCCUCAAGGUCCACCUGCCUUCCUCCCAGCAAAAAUUCUUCCUUGAGAACGCGGCGAGGUCUGGUGUCGAGAUGCGAGCUCAGUGGUAUAAUACCGAGGAUCUGGCGGCGACCACGGAGGAUACCAAUUUUCGAACUGCGCCGGAUUGGUUGGAGAAGGCAUGA